GCGACCAGCGUAGAUCCAGACCAGCCUGCGCAAAGGGAAACCAUUAGCGAUUAGCAUGGAUCCUGACCAGAUGCACAGAUGAAAAUAAAGUCAAACAGCAGCUGCAUUAAAAAUGAUAUUAUGACGAUUUAUAAAACUUAAGCCAUACACAUAAUUCUAUUUUCCUUGCAAUUUCAAUAAUAUAGUCGUUGUCUUUGACGUCGUAUUGCACGUAUAAUUUAUUCAGUGGCUUACAUGGCCUGUGUCAAAGCUCUCGUGUUUCAUUUCCAUUUCGUCUGACUGUACAGAGACGAAGUGAAAGGCUGAUCAUUUGCAGUUUGGAUUCCGCUGUGUCAAAUUGCGAUAGUGAAAUUAAAAAAAAAGAAAAUAAUGGAGAACGUGAAAUUUCGUGCGUUGUCAAUGUGUAUCUUGAUUUUCGUAGUUGUAUGCAACUUUUUAUUCUCAGAUGGCAUUAGAUGGACAAAAUACAACGUUGAAUCCGGUUUUAACGGCUACAGGUGCAUUCCCAGUUUAACGGUCUUCGAAACAAACACUGCCGACGCUUCUGCAUGCGGUAAACUGUGUCACAGUGACAGCAUGUGCUCAAGCUUCAUCUACCAACAAGACGACCUCAAGUGCAUUGGAUGCAUGGUAGAUCUUUUCGGUCAACGGUUGAGUAACCCUGUCGUUCAGCUUCCAGGGUCAACUUAUUACAGAAGUCAUAGAGUUGAUUGCAAAGACAUAUUGGAGAACAAUCGUGCUGCAGCAAGUGGUAUAUAUGAAAUAAAACCGUGGAAAAGCAAAUCAAAAAUCAAAGUUCUGUGUGAUAUGGAAACGAAUGGCGGGGGAUGGACGGUGUUCCAUAACCGUUUUAACGGCACAGUCGACUUUUAUCGAAAUUUCACUGACUAUGAAAAUGGAUUUGGUGACACAGCUGGGGAAUUUUGGCUUGGCUUUAAAUACAUUGAAGAGAUGGCCAAGACAGGUCGAUCCGAGCUCAUGCUACAGGUCACGGCAAAAAAUGGGAGUACAGGACAUGAGAUUGCUGAUGGUUUCACAAUGAUACAUGGAAACGAAUAUAGCGUGUAUUUCGAGGAACACUUCUACAAUCAUGAGAAACACGGAUUGCCAUACGAACAUGAAUGCCUUCCGAAAAUAGCUAAUGAACCAUUCACAACGAUGGACAGAGACAUGUUUGAGUUUGAAGAUAACUGUGCCGAAGAGAUGCACAGCGCAUGGUGGUACUUAAACUGUGUGUAUGUAAUAUGCGAUCUUCAUGGUAAAUACGGCAAAAACGGACCGGCUGGAUACUACCAUCGUGGAAUCACAGGGUUAGAACCACUGAAGGCAUCCAGAAUGAUGUUUAGACGAAAAUGAGUCAACGGUUAAAAAAGAUGAUAUAGCUGAAACAAAAUUUUAGCGUGACACUUUAUAUUGUUUUGUUUUAUUUUAUUUCAUUUCAUUUUCAUUUGAUUACGCUGCUCUGCUUGGCAAUGUAUGUUUCCAGCCGUAAGUCUUGCGAAUUUUGAAUUGUGACACCUGUAACAGUUUUUUUUUAUGUAAUUCAAAUAUAAAAUUUGAUUAUAAAUUCAGGCCCGGAUCUUAGUUUUAGAUAAGUCUUGGGAGUGUUGUAUUACAUAAUCUGAAUUUAGAAAAUUGGAGUUUUGAUAAACAUGCAAACAUAAUACACGAAGGCACGCGGUGUACUUAAAGAAGAUGUUCAAGCUGAAACAAAAUCUUAGCGUGACACUUUAUAUUGUUUUGUUUUAUUUUAUUUCAUUUCAUUAUAAUUUCAUUUGAUUACGCUGCUCUACAUGGAAAGGUAUGUUUCCAGCCGUAGGUCCUGCGAAUUUUGAAUUGUGACACCUGUAACAUUUAUUUUUAUAUAAUUCAAAUAUAAAAUUUGAUUAAAUUCAGGCCCGGAUCUUAGUUUUAGAUAAGUCUUGGUAGUGGGGAGUGUUGUAUUACAUAAUCUGAAUUUAGAAAAUUGGAGUAUUGAUAAACAUGCAAACAUAAUACACAAAGGCACGCAGUGUACUUCAUAAUUAAUUGUGUACUGACAUAAAACUAUUCCAGGUCUUCAACUGUCGGUAGAUAUAUUUUCAAAUAAUUAUCCAGAAAUAUAAAGUUUUAAGCUGCUAAAAUGUUUCGGGAGAAGAAAAUACAAAUAUGAUUACUUGCCAGUUUAAUAAUAUAAUGUACAAUUUGCAGAAUACCGAAGAAAAUGAUGUAAUCUCCGAACCAUUUUACAAAAAUGGUAUUUACUAAUAUUUGAUGACACAGCUUCGGUUUGGACUUCUUAUUUGUUUUCUUCUAAAUGUGUUGGCACUUUGAAAUAGAUUGGUAGUGUAACUUAGAACUUAGAAAUCCUUGGAAAUAAUAUGGCUUGUUGGUCAUUCUCCUCUAUACAGUUUCUUUAUGUUUUGCCUAUUUUCACAUUUAUCCAUAUGGAAAGAAUGAAUGUCGCAUUCAUUUCACACAUAGUUAUGUUAUUUUUUCUAACCUGGAAUAUUCUUAUAUUUUCGAACUAUAUGUGAAAUAUAAGGACAACAAUCUCACUAUUGCUGCGGUGGAUUGUCUUGCAAAAAAAAAAACGAUUCUUGCAGUUUUUCAUUUAUUUGAAACACAAUUAACUCAUAUCUAACUACUCAAAUAAUUUAGUAUGCAUUCUGUAUACUUAUAUGCCUGUCUAAACCCAGACUUUAAUGGAUCAAUGAUAAAACAUUAUAAUAACACGUAUUUUUUGGGGAAAAAAGAAGGUAAAAUGAUGAUCUUUAUUCACUCUUAUAUUUGUUCUAAGUUGUGUAAAAUCCCAUAAAGUGACUGGUUCACAUUUUUUUCGGGCGAUUGUUUUCCCUCUCAAAAUUGUUAAAACUCGGGUGCAACGAAAGCGACAGUAGUUCAAACUUACCUAGCUAGAUACCCUAACAAAUAACUAAAAUAUUUUGCAGAUGUGAGUUAUCCGUUGCAACGUUUAUGAAAAAAUGUAAAAAAGGAACAUUCUUCUUACCUUUAACCAAUAUUUUUACACUUAUUUACAUUCACUUUAUCAUUAUUCAUUGUCGUACACAUUCCAUUCCAAACUUGAUGGAAACGAACAUGUAAAAAAUUUAACCCCAACUGUCGGCAAGUAGAUAUAAACACAUAAUUAUGUGUGCAGUUACGGUUUAAAUCCAUGUCAAAUCAUUCUUAAAUCAUUCGUAUACUAUGUGUACGUGUACUAAGAAUAAAAGUGU